AAACCAAGUCCCUGUAAAGAAACGUUUUUUACUAUGGUGUUUUUGACAGUUACAAAACUAUAUUGAUUUAUUUCAUUUUAUUUUUUGUUAAACCCGGUAAUUGUCUUCCGUAAAUCAAACACAUGACCCAGGUAUAGCUAACCCAGUAGAGUUAACUCAACCCAAUAGGUAAAGGUUUGCCAUCCGACACAAGGGGAGAGGUGACUCAGUUGAUUUUUGCAUGUCCGUGUUGCAGAGAUUAAAACGAGUUUCAGUUUCGCAUUUCGUUGGGGCCUUUUGUGAAUUCUCUCCGUUUGCUUAAUGGGUGAAAAUGGAGAGAAACCAAUCGUGCCAAAGAGUGAGAUCUUGGACUUUGAGUUGCCAGCUGACUGUAUGUACUCCAGCCAUGUAGGGAACAACAAUGCAAGUUCAUCUGGAAGUAAUGUAAGAUCAUCUUUAAUUGGGAUGGGAUUUUCACCGUCUCAUGUCAACAAAGUCAUUGAAGAAAAGGGUGAAGAUGACCUUGACUUAUUAUUGGAGAUGCUUCUUGGGUACUCGGAACAUCAAAAAUCUAAUUCUCAGUCAUCAGAUUCUCUGGAUAGCUUGUUUGGUGACAAGGAUAGUGUUAGUCAACCAGAAAUUUCCCCAGUUUUUCAACCAAAAGAGGAACCAGAUGUACCUGAUAUAGAUGAAGAUAAUGAUGAAAAAAGGGCAUCCUUACUAAAGAUGGAUUUUCCUCUCAAUCUAGUUGACUUUGCAUUGGAUAAACUCGGUGAAGCUGCUCCCAUUAAUGAACUGGUGGACUUUAUUAUUGCUGCUCAGAUAGCUGAAAAUAUUGAGAAGGAAACAGAUGAUAUGCCUCAUGAAGAUGAAGGGAAAAAUGAGGAUGUUAAUAAUGAAACCUUGUUUGGGACCAUGGAUAAAACACUUCAUUUGCUUGAAAUGGGUUUCUCUGAAAAUGAAGUUUCAUUAGCAAUUGAGAAAUUUGGUUCAGAUGUUCCAAUUUCAGAGCUUGCCGAGUCAAUCUUUAGUGGUGAAAUUUAUUCUAAUCGUGUCGCUAGGAAUAAGGUUGGUAGAUCUUCGGGUAUGGGGAUGGAAAAUGGUUUAAGACAUCACUCAUAUGAUACAGUAAAAAUCAAAACCGAGGAUUUCAGUCCACAUACUGUCUCUCAGUCAAGAAAACUCAACAACCGAGAGGAAACUAGUAGAGGGAAAAGGCCAAAAGAAGUGUAUUCUGGUAACUUACCAGAUGGUGCUUCUCAGUUUCGGCAUAUUGAUUUUGAGGAAAAUCAUAAAGGGAAAAGGCCAAAACAAGAGUAUAUGGAUGAUUCUAGCUCUUUUCUUGACACUUCAUGGCUAGAGGAAAAAGUUAGCCCCAUUGUUCCCCGAUCAGAAGUGCAGACAAUAUUCAGAUCUAAUCCGUGCAAGAGUCUUGAUAAAAUGGUGGCUAAAUCUCCCUAUUUUUUUUAUGGAGAUGUUGUUAAUACAUCCGUUGGUUGCUGGACCAAAAUUUCACAGUUUUUGUAUGCAAUCGAGCCGGAAUUUGUGUCUACUCAGUUCUUCUCUGCUUUGAAUAGGAAAGAAGGCUAUGUACACAAUCUUCCAGUCUCCAAAAGGUUUCACAUCCUUCCAAAGUCACCAAUGACCAUAGAAGAGGCGAUACCACAUACAAAGAAAUGGUGGCCUUCAUGGGAUACAAGGAAGCAGUUGAGUUGCAUCAGUUCUGGAACUAGUGAAAUAUCUCAGCUCUGUGAUAGGCUUGGAAAGAUUUUAAUUGAUUCUAAAGGAGUGCCAUCACCAGAACAGAAGGGAUAUAUCCUUCAUCACUGCCAGAAAUUUAAUCUUGUAUGGGCUGGCCAAUACAAACUCAGCCCUGUAGAUCCUGAAUAUUUAGAACGUAUACUAGGUUACCCAAUGGGUCACACUCAAGCUGAUGAAAAUAGUUUACUACAAAGACUGGCAUUACUGAGACACUGCUUUCAGACAGACACUUUGGGUUACCACCUCUCUGUUUUGAAUCCUAUGUUUCCAGAAGGGCUCACAGUUUUGUCAGUCUUCAGUGGAAUUGGUGGUGCUGAAGUUACUUUAAAUCGGCUUGGCAUCAAGUUGAAAGGUGUUAUUUCUGUAGACACUUCUGAAGCUAAUCGGAGGAUUCUCAAGAGAUGGUGGCGUAGUAGUGGGCAAAUAGGUGAAUUGGUGCAGAUAGAAGACAUCCAGACGCUAACAACCAAAAAGGUUGAGAGUCUAAUUGAGAAAUUUGGUAGUAUUGACUUUAUUGUCUGUCAGAACCCAGUUCCUCAUGUUUCAGGAAGUUCUUCUGCAGAGAUCGACUUUCUUCCUGGUUUUGACUUCUCUUCGUUUUGUGAGUUUGUUCGUGUUUUGCAACGUGUAAGGAGUACAAUGCAAAGAAAGAGGUGACAGUUUUUCCUCUAGUGCUGUUGUUCUGGUACA